AUGCGUCAAGGGGUGCGGUUUUAUCGGCUCGGCGUCCAACAUGAACCGCUGCUCCAAGUGCUACGGGAAAAUACGGGCCCUUGGGGAACAUUCGGCAUCUGGCAAAACCGCGAUGGGAAGACCCUCAGCUUCCCAUCAAUGAAACCCAUGUCAAAAGCUGACCCAAUUGCUGCCAAGAUCAAAUCUACAGCGACGGUGGUCGAACAGGUUAUUGCUCGGGAGAAAUCAGCAGCGGCAGUGGCGAGUCAUCGUCAUCGGCAAAGGCGGUUGCGGUGGCUGCAGAGGUGGUCAAGGCAGCAAACAUGUGCUUGA